CGCGUGCUCUCUACCUCUCGUCGGGGCGGCGCCCAGGCAGGUUCUAUAAAGCGUCGCGACGCCACGACAACGACUUCAUUCUCGUCGAUCCUUCACUCGGUGAAUAUUUACACCGUGUCAUCGGCAACAAAACAAGAGCAAGGUGGCGAGGUUCGAAUCGCGCGUCAAUCCCUCCGAUUUGAUACCCAUGGCGACCAUGAGCAACAGCAAUGGAUCAACGGUACAGAUUAACACUCGGCCCGACGACAUCCGCAGACGGAUCAUUGGAUCGGAUGAUAGUACGCAAGGCGAAUCGACAACCUGUGGGACCAUCCUGGUCGUGUUAUCAUGGAUCAUCGUGUUUCUGACGAUGCCGUUCUCUCUCUUCGUCUGCUUCAAGGUUGUGCAGGAAUACGAGCGAGCCGUCAUAUUUCGCCUGGGUCGUCUUCUCUCGGGAGGUGCCAAAGGCCCCGGAAUCUUCUUCAUUCUGCCGUGUGUGGACAAUUACGCGCGCGUCGACCUGCGAACGCGAACGUACGACGUGCCGCCGCAAGAGGUGCUGACGAAGGACAGCGUUACGGUGUCCGUCGACGCGGUGGUUUACUACCGCGUCAACAACGCGACCAUCUCGAUCGCGAACGUAGAGAACGCGCAUCACAGCACGAGAUUACUUGCGCAAACGACUUUGAGAAACACCAUGGGAACGCGACCGCUUCACGAGAUAUUGAGCGAGCGCGAGACAAUCUCCGGAAACAUGCAGGUCUCUCUUGACGAAGCCACCGACACGUGGGGAAUAAAAGUGGAACGAGUCGAAAUCAAAGACGUGCGACUACCCGUUCAACUGCAGCGAGCUAUGGCGGCGGAAGCUGAAGCCGCACGUGAAGCACGCGCUAAAGUGAUCGCCGCGGAAGGUGAGCAAAAGGCUAGCAGAGCUCUGAGAGAGGCGUCGGAAGUCAUCGGCGAUUCCCCGGCUGCGCUGCAGCUCCGUUACUUGCAGACGUUGAACACAAUAUCGGCUGAAAAGAAUUCCACCAUCGUGUUCCCGCUGCCGAUCGAUAUGCUCACUUACUUCAUGAAAGCUUUGCCGAAGGAACAAUAAUGUGACGAAGUUCACGGGACGAGAGAGAGAAUAAUAAGGUGUGAAUUUCCCAAGAGGUUCCGACGGGUGAGAAAUGUGUGUUUCAUUUGGGAAUUCGUAUAUAUUUGAUUGUAUAUACGCGACGAGAGAGAGAGAGAGAGAGAAAGAGAGAGAAAGAGAGAGAGAAAGCGAGCGAGAGAGAGUUGCCAAUAUUCGACCAAUCCCCUAACAAUUUAACAAGCUUAAUUAAACAAAACAGCGCGCGAUUGAUACGAGACACGUGAUUUUGUCGCACAGAAUCCACUCGAAGGAUAUAAAUGUUAUACCGGUACACGACAUAGACUGAGACACGUAUUUUUGGACAAUUUUUUACGCAGUUAUUUUAUACGUUUGUAUGCUAUAAAGACUCUGAGGCAUAUUUUACGUGCGUGUUUAUAACAAAAAAAGUAACGCGACAUGUAAUAUGUAAUUUUACACACGUUUGUGUAUUUCGGUCCAUUUUCGACACUGAUUUUUCACUUGAUGAACUAACGCCUCUCGGACAGCGCAAACACACAUUCGAGAGAUAUCUCGCUUCGAAGAGAGACGUCGGAAAAUUGUUUUAGACAUUUUUAUGACAUCUUUCGAACUUUCGCGCGUUGUCUGGGAGAGAAAACAGAUCUCGCACUGCCUUUGCGCCGGACUCAAAACGCGAUCGAUUUUUACGAUGCAAACCAAAUCGAUCGUCUUUGGCCACGAAGUUUAUUCAGCGUAAACGAGUAUAUAUUAUUCGAUAAAAAUAUGUAUUAAGGGACGAGGAUGUUAUUUUCUUCUCUCCGCCCUGCGAAUAUAGAGAGAACAACAGGUUUCGUCACAAUUUUAUGCUUAUGGCACUAAAGUUACGUUCGCGAAGUCAACAAAACUCGGUCUAGCCUAUUCUAUUCGAUAAUAGCGUAAGGAUUACUUGCAAUCAAGUAGAAAUAUAUAUAUAUAUAUAUAUAUAUAUAUUUGUGUACGUUAUAUUAAGAUAAGAGAGUAGGGAGGUUCUCGUGGCGAUUGCGUCCAACAUCGGCAACUCUUUUCACCAUCGAUAUUUAUAUUACAUUGUUACAUAUAAUAACAUGCGUUUAUUCUGGCAUUUUGCGCUUUCGUGUUUUUACUUCGUAAGAUAAAACGUAAACAAAAAAUUCGCAAAAAGAUCGAAUUACAUAUAUAAGAUAAAUUUUUUGCGACGAGAGAGAUCAGUAUUAUUAUUUAUUCGAUAAAAUGUUGCAGCUUGAAAGCGAAUGAGCAAUCAAUCUUCUAUACUUCUCUUUGUUGAAAAACGUGUACUAGAAUGUUACAGAUCGAUGUAAUAACGUUAUUACCGUAUAACACACACAUUUAUCUGCUUUGAUGCGACCUCUCUGAAACGUCUUAUCCUGUGUUGUAAAUAUUUUUUCCAUGUUCGUGAUUCUCUGAUAAGGGAAAUACUGAGUUAUCGCAUUUUAUAACUUUAACUGUUCGACAAAAAGCAGAGAUAUACUCGAAAUAUAUAUAUACAUACACACACGUGUGUGUGUACACAAGAUGGGCCAUGUAAAGUGCUACAAGAUAUUUUUUUUCAAAAUUUGUUAGAGAUAGCGACAAAAUUCUCUGGCUGUUAUGUGAUACAUUGGGGACCUUUCAUGUGAUAUGUGACGUGACGUGCCGUUGUCAGAGAGCGACUCUGUAUUUUUUUAAAUCAAAUAACAUACGAAGUUAACAUACAAAGUUUGGCAGAUAUUAAUAGCACCAGUCAGAAAACGACUUAUUUCACUUACUAUUUUUUAUAUUUUUUAUACUGAUGUGACCAAAAAAAGUAUCGCUUUAUGUGGCUCAUCCUAUACGUUUAUAUAUGUAUAUUAUAUAUAUAUAUAAAAUUCUCUAUGACUAGUUUUAAAUAUACCUGUCACCUAUAAAGUCUUACAUUUUCUAAGAGUAAGAUGGAGAAAGCUACCUCUGCUCACAUCUUGAAUGUAUAAAUGCAUGUACACAUGUCUGUCUAUACAUAUAUAUACAUAUUAUAUAUAGUAUAUUAAGUUAUGUUAUACCUCUUUAAUCAGUCUACCAAUCUGUAGACGUUAGUUAUGCAAAGUUUUUAUGAUGUUAUCAAUGUUUCAGUCAUGACCUAUACCGCUAUAUUAAUUUGUACCCAAGUCAGUAAUAGCACGAUCGGUUUUCCAAUAGUUUCCAUACAUAUAUCUCUCUUUUUAUUGUACUUAAUAUCUGAUCAGGGAAUUAUAUCUGUUCCAUCGUCGGUUCACGCACAUACAAGUGCGUGAUAUUUAUUGAAUUUGUAAGAAUAAUUUUUUUUUCUCUUAUACUCGGAACACGCAAUCGUUCUUCGAUUUGUGAAAAACACAUGUGAGUAUGUGUCAUACGAUAAGUUUGACAGAAUAUUUGUGUUGGGAAACAGAGAGAUGCACUUUUUCUUGUUUUUGUUUUAUUUACGCCGACACGUUUUUUCAUCGAAUUAAAUUAGGUAAUAUAGUUUGUUUUGUUUUUAAGGUGAUUUUAUAUUUAAGAGAUCUUUGUAUGUCGACAUAAAAAUUAUGUGU